UGCAAGAAGCUGGCAGUGGGCAGGCUCAGCUUCAGCCGCCGUUCUGGGGUGCCUGGCACAGAGGGCUGGAUCGCUCCAGAGAUGCUGAGUGAGGACUGCAAGGAGAAUCCCACCUACACGGUGGACAUCUUCUCUGCAGGCUGCGUCUUUUACUACGUGAUUUCUGAGGGCAGCCACCCUUUUGGCAAGUCCCUGCAGCGGCAAGCCAACAUCCUCCUGGGCGCCUACAGCCUCGACUGCUUCCACCCUGAGAAGCAUGAAGACGUCAUUGCGCAGGAACUAAUCGAGAAAAUGAUUGCGAUGGAUCCUCAGAAACGCCCCUCAGCGAAGCACGUGCUCAAACACCCAUUCUUCUGGAGCCUGGAGAAGCAGCUCCAGUUCUUUCAGGACGUUAGUGACCGGAUAGAAAAGGAGCCCCUGGAUGGCCCGGUGGUGAAGCAGCUGGAGCGCGGCGGGAGAGCCGUGGUGAAGAUGGACUGGCGGGAGAACAUCACCAUCCCCCUCCAGACAGAUCUGCGUAAAUUCAGAACCUAUAAGGGUGGCUCCGUCAGGGACCUCCUCCGUGCCAUGAGAAAUAAGAAGCACCACUACCGGGAACUCCCCGCGGAGGUGCAGGAGACGCUGGGCUCCCUCCCAGAUGACUUCGUGCGCUACUUCACAUCGCGCUUCCCCCACCUGCUCUUGCACACCUACCGGGCCAUGGAGCUGUGCGGCCACGAGAGGCUCCUCCAGCCCUACUACUCCCACGAGCCCCCGGAGCCCCAGCCCCCCAUGACUCCAGACACCCACUGAGCCUGGGCGGCCCCAGCUGUUGACUGGGGGUCUGGUUGCCACCAUCCAGAGCUUGGCACCUCCCGGCCUCACUGGGAGACCGGGCUUCCCAAACCAAGUGCCUUGAGCUUCCCGCUCUGCAGCUGAUCCCGGAGGAGGGA